GACCACAAAUGAUCAACUUAGUGUGGUGUGAUCACAGGCUGCGCUACCAAUAUUGUUCUACUACGACAGAAACUGAGGACUUUCUGACCAACUUUGGCUUUUAUGUUCAACAAUUCUUUAUAUUUGUCUUACCAAAAAACAACUGUGAAUAAUGUUUUUCCGUUUAAUUCUUUUGAUUGUUUCCUUGAUGAGUUUUCUGCGCGACCUCCAUGUAUUCAGUUGUGAUGAAAACUGUGCAGAUAAACCUGUGUUCACUCCGUCCAGACUGGUAGUGAAGCAUGGCGACCGAACUUCUGCCAACUGCACUGUUUGUCAGCAUUGCCUCCCCAAUGCAGCCAAUGGUUUGGAAAAAUCUGUGGGUGUCAUAGAAAAAACCGAAACCACGAUUUCAUGGAUAAUUGGCACAAUGACUGAAUGGGACACAUCUGCCAUCUGCUAUUAUGCAAGCAAUGCUGGCCAGUGUUGUACCAAACUGCUUGUAACUGUCUACCAGCCUCCACAUAAUGUGUCCAUCAGCUUUGUUGAUCACUCUGGGCCGAUGUUGGAGGGUCAUCAGUACACUCUGCAGUGUACAGUACAGGAUGUUGCUCCUGUUGAAAACCUCACUGUGACCUUCUACAAAGGACACACAGCACUGGGUCAACUGCAGUCCAACAACAACAACAAAGAGAAGACACCAGUGACUGAGACCUUCACUUUAAACAUCAUCCCCAGUAACAAGGACGAUGGAGUCCAGUACUGGUGUGAAGCCAAGCUAGAACUGGGACCUGAAGGACCACAGCGCCCUCCAGUGGUGAUGUCGCAAAACAUCACUGCAACUGUCCACUAUAAGCCUCAUCGAGAGGGGUCAUCCCAUAGAGAUCCGAUUAACCUUACUGUCUUAGAGGGAACCCCUCUACAACUGAACUGCACUGCUGUGGGAAACCCCAGCCCCUCAUUCACCUGGACGCUACCAUCAAAUAAGAUUACUUCCUCCAGUCGCAGUGUUUUCAGUAUCGGCUCUGUAGCUCUUCGGGAUAAAGGGCGGUACACCUGUUUGGUCAGCAACGAUGUAGGGACUAUCACUGUGAAUUUUAAUGUGGUUGUCCAACGUUUGGACCCAAAGACCAGACCGAAGAGUAGUACCAGCAGCAUACUGAUUCACGGGUUCAUAAUGUGUUUUAUGCUUUUAUGCUCUGCUCUGGUUUGAGUUCAUUCUGGGAGAAGGAAGAUUAUUGUGUGGUGAUGGAGCAGUGGACAGGACGCCUGCCUUUGAUGUGAGAGAUCCUGGUUCGAAUCCACUGUGAGACACCAUUGUGUCCCUGAGCAAGACACUUAACCCCAGUUGCUCCAGAGGCGUGCGACCUCUGACAUAACGAGCAAUUGUAAGUCUCUUUGGAUAAAAGCUUCAGCUAAAUGAGUAAAUGUAGGGGUUGUUUCGAGAAUAAUAACAAGUAAUGGCAUAUUUUUGUCAUAAAAAAUAUAAUUGGGUGAUUAAAGGCAUUUCACACAGUCCUUUAACUUAAAUCUGUUGUCAAUACAAUAGUUCUCUAAUACCAUUAAGAAGCCAACCUGUUGUGCCUCUUUGCAAUGUAAUACUGAUAUUUAAUCACUAGAGGGCAUCAGUGUGUGUAAGUUAGUAGGGUUUACAUGAUUUUUGCUUUUCCACAAAUGCAUACAUGGAACAAGCUCUAAUUAUAAAGUUAGAUAAAUUCAAGUGGCUAUAUUAUUGACCAUUAACCCUCUAUUGCAUGAGGUAUUUUUUGAAAAAUGAAAUGAAAAUUGUUUCAAUGUGUUUUUGUGGCUUAAAAUUGCUUUAAUAAUGUAAAUAUUAAAAAAAUAAUUAAUUAAAGGGGGGGUUGUUGUUAAAUUGUUGCCAUAUGCAUGUAUAUACAAUGUGCAAUUGUGGAAGAUGCUGCUUCUCUCAAAACAUGCUUUUAUUAUAAACAAGAUUAAACAAAUUCAACUUAAAUUGAUAGCCCAAUGUUUAUACUGUGAAAUUACUUUCAGUUUUAAUGUAGUUUGUAAUUUAUGUAAAUAAUAACAAUGUAAUAAGACUGUUAGGUACACCGGUAAUAAGACACGCAGGCAUGAUUUUCUUGAUUUAAAAAUACUUUAUUCCAUACUUACCUUAAAUCAUUUUUACUCAAUGUUAAUCUUUCCAUUUUGUCACCAUCAACAGGUUUUUUCAUCAAAUUCAUACACUCUUUAUUUUUGCACCAGUUUCACCCCUUGUCCCCGAAGUAGUUCUGCUCUUGGGUAAUGCAGGGAAACACAUUUAGAGCACCUGUUCCCCACAAUGCCUUUACAUCUUGGCAUUUUGCAGGAGCUAAGUCUGCCCAGCUCACUGUUCCUAUCCCUUAAAAAGAAAAGUUGUCUUGCAUGUUCUAUGGAUAAAAUCAACAUAUGUAAGCAGACUUUACAAUGUAAAUAGCACAAAAUAAUAAUAAUACUUCCUACUAUUACAAUUAUUGUACAAUAAGAACAAUAUAUCAAUGUGUUUCAGCACCUGUAAAUCAUUUACAAGAUAUUAUAUUCCAACAAGAAAACAUUGUCUAAGCUGUAAACAAUAUUGGACCAGUGUAAUUUGAUUUUGAUUUUGAUUUUAAAGCAUUGUUGCCAUAUGACAAUGCCAUGAAAUAUUGGGUUACAGCCAAGCUAGUGUGUCUGUGAGGCUGUACUUAGACACAGCAGUGCUUUGAGCUAAAUGCUAAUGUCAGCAUGCUAACAAUGACAAUGCUAACAUGCUGAUGAGAUUUAAUAUCUUUCAUGUCCGCUAUCUUAUAGUUUAGCAUAUUAGCAUGCUAACUUUGUUAACCCUGCACUAAACAUUAGCACUAAACAAAAAGUGCAACUGAGGCUGGUGGGAAUGUCUUUAAUUCUGCAGAUAUUUUGUCAUAACCCAAAUAAUUGGACACAUUUAAAUUCUGACUUAAAGAUAGUGCUAGAUGAAAAGUCAAAGACUCACCAAAAUUAUUGCAAUUAUAUCUGAGGGGAAAUUAAAGUUUAAAAUGAAUUCUGUGCCAAUCCAUCUGUUAGAUGUUAAUAUAUUUCACUGAAAACCACCCUCAUGGUUGGGCAAGAGGAAAUGUCAGAGGAUCACCAAAUUCAUUGGGAUUCAUCCUCUGGGGAAUAUGAAUAUCUGCACAAGAUUUCAUGGUAAUCCAUCUAAUAGUUGUUGAGAUAUUUCAGUCUGAACCAGUGGUGGACUGACUAGGAGAUCAACCUUCCUAGAGCCACGCAGUUAGCAUGGCUUUUAAAAAAUGAAUAUGUUGUUGCAAUAAUUGUGUUGCCUGCAUGUUAUGUUUCAACGCUUUAUGUUUUAUUCAAUGAAAUCCACAAUGUGUUACUUUA